AUGCAAAGAAAGAACCUCACAGAGGUAACAGAGUUUGUUUUCCUGGGAUUCUCCAGAUUCCACAAACAUCAGAUCACUCUCUUUGUGGUUUUUCUCAUCCUGUACAUAUUAACCGUGGCUGGCAAUGCCAUCAUCAUGACCAUCAUCCGCAUUGACCAUCACCUCCACACCCCCAUGUACUUCUUCCUGAGCAUGCUGGCUAGCUCAGAGACAGUGUACACACUGGUCAUCAUUCCACAGAUGCUCUCCAGCCUCGUAGCCCAGACCCAGCCGAUCUCCCUAGCAGGUUGUACUACCCAAAUGUUCUUCUUUGUUAUCUUGGCCAUCAACAAUUGCUUCUUGCUGACAGUGAUGGGCUAUGACCGCUAUGUGGCCAUCUGUAAUCCCUUGAGAUACAUGCUCAUUAUGAGCAAGAGGGUGUGUGUCCAGCUGGUGUGUGGAGCCUUUAGCAUUGGCCUGGCCAUGGCAGCUGUCCAGGUAACAUCCAUAUUUACCUUACCUUUUUGUCACAGGGUGGUUGGUCAUUUCUUCUGUGACAUCCUCCUUGUCAUGAAACUCUCCUGUAUUAAUACCACUAUCAAUGAGGUAAUCAAUUUUGUUGUCAGCUUAUUUGUCAUCCCGGUCCCCAUGGGUCUGGUCUUCAUCUCCUAUGUCCUCAUCAUCUCCACUGUCCUCAAGAUUGCCUCAGCUGAGGGUUGGAAGAAGACCUUUGCCACUUGUGCCUCCCACCUCACUGUGGUCAUUGUCCAUUAUGGCUGUGCCUCCAUUGCCUACCUUAAGCCCAAGUCAGAAAACUCUAUAGAACAAGACCUCCUUCUCUCAGUGACCUAA